ACAGCAAGGAGUCAUCAUGCCCGGUAGUCCUGACGUAUGGUCCUAGGGCUCAGGUUCUCCGAGAGAGAGAAAGAAAGAGAGAAGGAGAGAAUAGAGCAAGAGCAAGAGACAGUCGUAGAGCAAGAGACAGUCCAGCAAGCAGCAACGACAACCAAAUCUGCCAUUGAUGACCAAACCAGCCAUCGACUAAUGAACCCUGUUCGGGUAGAGCUGAACGAACGAACCCUGCUCGGAAAGAGCCGGACGAACAAACAUUGGCCACUGCUCCAUGAAUGAAUCAACUGUUGUGUUAGUUUGCGCCGGUGUUCAUGGUUAUGCCUAAAUCCUAGGCCCUUAUACGUUUCUAAUCGGACCGUAGUGAUACUGUGUAUUGUCCUUGUUGUAAAAGCUGGAUUUAUAAUCAAGAACUUUUGAUUGUACUUUGGCCUGCCUCUGUGGUUGUUUGCCUUGGGGUAAUGGCCUCUGUCAAAAGCCACUAAAAUUGUGUUCAGCUGUCUAUCUGAUUGACAAAGGUGACCAUAACAUUGGACUUUACAACACAUCUUAUGUAAUUAAUUUUUAAUUUAGGAAGUGAAAUACUCAAACAACAUUUAUUUAUGCCAUUGGAUGAUUCAUGAUGUCCCAACAUGAUAUCAUAGCAAAACGUCAUCCUGUCACGUUUAAAAAAAAAGGGAAAACUUCACAAUAUAUGACAUUGUCAAUACAUAGCAUUUAAUGGCAAGAAAUGUGCGUCACAUGCUUGACAUUUUUGUCAGUACAUUGCAUUCAAUGGGAAAAAAUGGUUAAUGUCCAAAAAAUCCCUUCUCCAGAUUGGUGCUACCAGUCCCAGGUUACAUGUGGUGGCAACUGCACAGGACCUGAUGGUUGGAGAACGGUUGCUGUGGCAUGUGGCGGAAAAGCCCAGUCCCCCAUUAACAUUGUGACAAGAAGAACUCUACCAGAUGGACGCCUUACACCAUUCACAUUCGCUGGGUACCAAGAGGCCUUCCACGGUCUCAUCACAAACAAUGGUCGCACUGUUCACGUGGACCUGCCUGCCACAGCAAAAGUACAGGGUGGAGAUCUGGCGGUGCCAUACAAGGCAGUACAGCUCCACCUGCACUUGGGCAAGGAUGGAGGCCCUGGAUCAGAACACACCAUCGAUGGAGAACGAUAUCCCAUGGAGCUGCAUAUAGUACAUAUAAAAGAGGAGUACAACACUUUGGAUGAAGCUCUGAAAGACCUUGCAGGGGUUGGAGUUCUAGGAUUCUUUUAUGAGCAAUCGGGAAGCUCCAACAAAAAAUACGACUCCAUCAUAAAUGCUCUGAACACAAUCAAUAUGCCCAGCUCCAACACUACCCUGAGUGAUGUGUCCCUGGACAUGUUCAUCCCCUCUCAGAGUAAUAUGACCAGCUACUUCCGCUACCAGGGCUCUCUUACCACACCUCCCUGUGAAGAAACUGUAGUUUGGACCGUGUUCAAAAAUACCAUUCCUCUCAGCAGGCAACAGCUUGAUGCAUUUUCUCGGCUUCAGUUUGCUGAUGGAAAGCCUAUGGUAGGAACCUAUCGCCCAGUCCAGCCGUUGAAUGGUCGCCUGGUGUAUCGCUCUGGAAGUCAAGUUAUCUUAGUCAGCACUUUGCUACUCAUCACCUCUGUGAUAUCAGCCAUUGGACUCCCACUGCCCAAAUAAAUACUAGCAUAUUUGGAUAUGUGUAUCAGUGAAUUAGAGAGUGCCCAAUAUUAUCAUAAUCUCAAAUGCAACACUCUAAAAAAAUGCUGGGUUAAAAACAACCCAAUUCGGGUUCUUUGGUUACCCAGCACUGGGUAAAUAUUGGACAGAACACAAGCUGGUUUAUUUUGACCCAGCCAGUGGGGUUGCAUGAAUAACCCAACAUGUUGAGUGGUUGGGAUUACCCAAACAUGGUUUUAUUUAACCUUCAGUUUAGUAUUUUUUACUUUCAUGCUGGGUUGACCUAUAAACUGGGUCUUUUUGAAUGUAAUCCUUAGGUUAUUUUCAGGAGACGUGGUUUAUUAGGGAAUGGCUUUCAGAUAGAUCUUAUUGGACACCCGUGAGAGUAAAUGUCAUUCCUCUUCAUGUUAAGUUUACAUACUGCACAUUUCAUCUUAACAUUUUGCAUGUUACACAUUCUUCUAGAAUAUUAAUUCAUUAUUUAUUAGAUAUUAUAAUAAGGUGGUAUCCAUCCCAACAAUGGGAUUUGCAGAGGCUUUUAAGGAACUCAUACACUUCUGUAAGCCUCAAUGAAGCUACGAAAAUGUCAAUGUUCAACCUUAACAUGUGAUAACUAUACGACAGAACAGAUUAACAGGAACGAUAUUUACUCUCACGGGUGUCUAAAAAGAACUAUGUGAAAGCCACUCUCCUACUAAACUAUGCCUUCAGUCUCAAUUACCCAGAACUAAUAACCCAGCAUCAACAUCCCAAACAACCCAGAAUAUGUUUCUGUAU